AUGUUUUGGUCCGACACUGCGGCGAAAGAAGAGGAUGCGCCCCCCUUUCCUCUUGGCACUAUUCACUCCCCCGGAACCACCCCAGCGCAUUACAACCGCGGCUUAAGUUUCGAGCGCGUAGGCGAUGGGACGGACGGCUCGAACUUUGUUCCCCAUGUCCCAUCUUUACCCUGCGCCCUAAGGCUCUUCAUCAUGAAGAUGGGCGCAAAAAGUGAACCCCCUUCCCCCUUGAGCCAAAGAAUCCUUACCGUCCUCGCCGCCUUGCCCUACCAUGCGGUCCAUGCCACCGCACCCCCUUCAACCCUUGAGCGUCCUGUAUUCCUUCCUGCUCGCCUGGUGCCCUGGCCCUGA